AUGAUCGGCAAGACAGCAGCACGACUGAGCGGUACAGCGACCCGAACGCUUGCAGCAAGGCAAAGGCAGGCAGCAUCAGGCCUGCCUGUAGCCAGAAGAUGCCUUGCGACAGAAGCCUCACCACUUCAGCCGACAUCUCUGUUCACUUUCACCGAGGAAGAGAACAUGCUGCGCGAAUCUGUACAAAAGUUUGCGCAAGACAUGGUCGUUCCCAGAGUGCGAGAGAUGGAUGAGGCAGAGAAGAUGGAUCCUGCAAUCAUCAAGGGUCUCUUUGACCAAGGCUUCAUGGCUGUCGAGACGGCUGCAGACCUAGGCGGUGCCGAGUGCAGCUUCACCAGUGCGAUCAUCGUCAUCGAGGAACUGGCCAAGAUCGAUGCUUCAGUGUCUGUCCUGUGUGACGUUCAUAACACGCUCGUAAACACGCUAGUGCGCAAGCAUGCCAGCGAGGAGAUGAAGAAGAAGUAUCUGCCAAUUCUCAGUACAGAGAAGCUCGGAUCGUUCGCCCUUUCUGAGCCGGCCUCUGGAUCAGAUGCCUUUGCGCUGCAAACGCGCGCCGAGAAGAAGGACGACCACUACCUACUGAAUGGCAGCAAGAUGUGGAUCACCAACGCAGGCGAGGCAGAAAUCUUCCUCGUGUUCGCCAAUCUAGAUCCAUCGAAAGGCUACAAGGGUAUCACUUGCUUCCUCGUCGAAAAGGAAAUGGGCGUGCAGAUCGCGAAGAAGGAGCAGAAGCUGGGUAUCCGCGCCUCGUCGACUUGCACUCUCAACUUUGACGACGUCAAGGUCCCGCUUGCCAAUUUGCUCGGCAAGGAAGGCGAAGGCUAUAAGUAUGCUAUCGAGAUCCUGAACGAGGGUCGCAUCGGAAUAGCAGCUCAGAUGGUCGGUCUUGCCCAAGGCGCUUUCGAAAAGUCCAUUGGGGCGACCUAUCAGCGCAAGCAGUUCGGCAAGCCAGUUGGCGAGUUCCAGGGCAUGCAGUUCCAGUUUGCCGAGAUUCACACCAUGAUCGAAUCCGCGCGUCUGCUGACUUACAACGCCGCGAGACUCAAGGAGGAGGGCAAGCCAUUCACAAAGGAGGCCGCCAUGGCAAAGUGGUGGUCAUCCGAGGUAGCUCAGAAGGCGUCAGGCUCGGCUAUCGAAUGGGCAGGAGGUCUCGGCUUUACCCGCGAGAUUGGCAUAGAGAAGUACUGGCGUGACAGCAAGAUCGGCGCAAUCUAUGAGGGCACCUCAAACAUCCAGCGACUGACGAUCGCCAAAUUCCUUCAGAAGCAAUACGGCCAGUAG